GAACCAGCACGGAUCAAACUACGGUGUGCAACGACGACGACGACGAGUGUGGAGUUAGAGUGUUUAGGCGGCGCGUCAGUGAACACAGUGCUGCAGAGUUAGGCACGAUCCAUUCAAACCGUGUCCAACCGUCGAGUUGGGCUGACGCAUUUGGAAGCGCACGUGAGAGUGAAGAAUUGUUAGUGUUUGCUGCGGCGAGCAACAGUGCUUCAGUGUGUGACAGUUGAACGUUAGUGUACGAUCCGCAGCUAGUGUGUACCGUUGCGCUCAUCGAAGAUCGCCGAAGAACGGAUAUUCGAAAAAGCUCCAGAACGAAAGCUUCGACGAUGUGGUCCAAAAUAUUCCUAGCAACGCUCCUGCUAGGGUUGACGUUGGCCGAGAAGAAGAACGUAACGGAACAGUCGGUAGAGCCAGCGGCCGGUGCAAAGGAAAAGCGUCAGACGGAACAUGAAACGCGCUCGGUUCCACUAUCGCUAAUUGCUAACCGUCGCCAGCAGCAGCAGGCACUCCAUCACCAGCAACAGCAGCAGCAGCAGCAGGAAUACUAUCAAAGUGAAGAGGGUUCGUUCUAUGCAGCACAGCCGAGCGCUGGUCAACCCUCGAUCGCCUACAAGUCUCCCAAAGCAGCCAACUCGCAGGAACAACCACAGUACCAGGAGCUACCUCCCGAGUACAUCAGUCUGCUGCAUCAACUAGCCGAGCAUCAGCCCAAGGCAUCGGCGCUGAAACAAGGCAAGGCCGUCAGUCAGCAGUACGAGCCGCAAAGUCACGCUCAGCACACGAAACCCAACCAGGUCCAGUACAUUACCGAGGAAGAGUAUGCGCAGCUGGUAAAGCAAGCCCAACAGCAAGGUCCCGCCGCAGCUCAUCAUCAUCAUCCGCAUCAUCAGCAGCAACAGGCACCGCAGGGCCUUCAGGCUUACGGAAGACCGGCCGCUCACGGUACCCCUUCAGCGUCCCACAAGUAUCGCCCAUCAAUUCAGCUGCUAGAGACGGGCGAAGAGCAGCAGGGUUCGUACGGACAGCAGGAAGCCGAGCAGUACCGCAUCCAGUACAAGAGCAUCCAGCAGGCCGGCACCGUGACACCCGUCCCGAAGCCAGUUAGCUCCUUUUCCUUCGAAAACGAACUCGCUAAGUUGGUUGAGUCGAACCGUCCGCUAGCGUACCAUGCGGUGCCCCAUCAUCCCGGUCGCCAGCACGACAGUCAGCACGAGGCUCAACGGUACGGUCCGACGCCGAGUCCUCAGUCGCACGAGUACACGUACGUCCCGGCAGGUCCGGCACACGGUCGCGAGCAUGGUGGUGCUCCACCAUCGCCCAAGCAAUCGAUCAAAGCGCAGUACAUUGCUCCGUUCGCGCAAGGUUUGCCACUGUCUGGGCCGAAGAUAAGUCCCGCCCAUCUGCAGGUUGGACCGCAAAAGUUUGUCGAUAGUGCUUCACCGGCCCAAAAGUAUCAGUUCAUUGCUCAACCGGAGUCCGGACCAUCGAAAGCGCACCAUCACCAUCAACAGCAGCAGCAGCAGCAACAGAACCAACAGCAUCAUCACCAUCAUCAGGCACCGGCUCACCAGAACCAGCAGUACUUUGCUGAGGUAUCGCCCAAACAGCAGGCAGGAACUCCGUCGCCAAAGAUUCAGUACUACAUCCCGAAGGAGAAGAACGUGCAGAUCUACUACCAGCAGCAGCAGCAGCAGCAGCAGCAGCAGCAGCAGCAACAACAGCAGACGGUGAUCGAGCAGCAUUCGCCCCAGCAUCCGAUGAAGAUCGUCGAGGCACCGCAGCUGCAGAACGAGAAGCCUCAGAAAACGGUUCAAUCGCACCACCGUUCGAAGCCUGCCGAGCAGCAGCCGCAGCAGCAACAUCGUUAUGCACCUCGCGAAAAGCAACAGGAUUCGAUCGACCCACAUGCUCCGUCCCGUUCCGCCAUCUACGUUUCGCAGUCCACCGGAGUUAAUCAAGCCACGGCCGCUGCCACACCAGCACCCUCCGCCCAUGGACACAAGAUUCCACCGAAAAUUGAUCGGCCACUGACGCAGGAAGAGUUUCAAGCGCUGGUCGAUGCUGGAUAUUCGGUCGUCCCAGUUCCAGUGCCCGUCCCGGUGCCAAUCUCUCAGUAUCAGCAGCAACAGGCCGCACACCACCAUGCUGCAGGCCAUCCGGGAGCACCACAUCCAGGACCGCGCGGUGGACCACAUCCUACACCGGCCGCCGCCCGACAGGCUGCCCAGGCAUCUCGCUACCAUCUGCACCAGCUAGCGACGGCAGAAAACAACCCCAAUCAGGUGGUGACGUACCUGCGCCCGCUACAUCUGGAUCCGUUCUCGGCCGGUGUACGAGGACCGCAUAAAGCGGCUCCGUGAAGAAGCAGCGGUGACCCUAGAGACGUAACAACGGUCCUCUAUUCGGCCGCGAAUGCCGAGUGUAAGCCAAUGGUGGCGAGAACAGUGCGUGUGCCUAGCACGAAUGGCGAACGCGCACUGCUUGUUAGAGCGUAGCAGAACCAAAUAGCACUUAGGCCUUGAUUAAUUUAUCGACGUACAGUAGAUAUUUGUGCAAGAAGACCGGCGUGUAGAGAGGUUAAUGUUUUCAGCGUAGCCGAAUGGAGCAGUAUUUUACUUUUAUUUUAUGUCACUUUAGAGAUGGACAGGAAAAUCUCUCAGACGCGUACUCAAGUUGGUCAGACAAUUGUCCCUUUUUUUUAAGCGGCAUUCUUGUGCCACGUCGAUGGUAAGUUGGUCAGUUGAAAAGAGUAACAAACAAAUUAUUGGUCGAUGAUGUUAGCAUUUGGAUUCUCCUUUGUAUGAAGUAUGUAAAAUAUUGUGUAUGUUUCAUGAAAUAAAUACAGACAAACUUUUACU